AUGUCUUGUCUUUGCACGGAGUAUUUUCCGCAACACCCAGAGAGCAGCAUGAAAAUCAAGGCUCUUUCUCGCUCCGCUGCCUCGCAGCAGGCUCCUGGCACGACUGUCGCCAGACAGCACAGGAACCUAGAUCCCGCCCAGCAUCCGUUCGAGAGAGCGCGAGAAUAUACUCGAGCCCUCAAUGCAACUAAAAUGGAGCGGAUGUUUGCGGCGCCGUUCGUCGGACAGCUAGGAAGCGGUCACGUUGACGGUGUCUACACCAUGGCUAAGGAUCCCGGUUCUCUCGAGCGUUUCGCAAGUGGAAGCGGUGAUGGUGUAGUAAAAGUCUGGGACACCACCAGUCGGGAGGAAAUCUGGACGACCCAGGCGCAUGAAAAUAUUGUCAAGGGGAUGUGCUGGACGCCCGAUCGGAAGAUUCUCUCGUGUGCCAGCGACAAGACGGUCAAACUUUUCGACCCGUAUAAUUCGGCGCCAGAGGCUCCGCCGCUGGCGACUUGGCUGGGCCAGGGUGCCUUUACGAGCAUCACGCAUCAUCGUGAUCGUCCAUCCUUUGCCGCAUCCUCCUCUGUCAUUUCAAUCUACGACCUUUCGCGACCUUCCUCGACACCUGCGCAGACACUCCACUGGCCUAACGCUACCGAUACGAUCACGUCAGUCGCUUUUAAUCAGACUGAGACUUCCAUCCUGGCGUCUACCGCUACAGAUCGUUCCGUUAUCAUGUAUGAUCUUCGGACAAGCUCACCUCUGGCCAAGGUUGUCCUGAAACUGGCUUCCAACGCACUGGCAUGGAACCCAAUGGAGGCAUUCAAUUUCGCCGUCGCAAACGAAGAUCACAAUGCAUACAUUUUCGAUAUGAGGAAGAUGGACCGAGCGUUGAACGUGCUCAAGGACCACGUCGCUGCUGUUAUGGAUGUGGAGUUCAGUCCCACUGGCGAAGAGCUCGUCACUGCUUCCUACGAUCGUACGAUCCGUCUCUGGAACAGGGCUCAGGGUCAUUCGAGAGACAUCUACCAUACAAAGCGGAUGCAACGUGUCUUCUCUGCCAAGUUCACCCCAGACAAUCAGUACGUCCUGUCCGGCUCGGAUGAUGGUAACAUUCGAAUAUGGCGUACAAAUGCUUCAUCGAGAAGUGGCAUCAAGAGUGCCCGCCAGAGACAGAAGUUGGAGUACGACCAGGCUCUGAUCAACAGAUAUUCGCACAUGCCGGAGAUCCGCAGAAUAAGACGUCACAGACGUCUACCGAAGGUUGUCAAGAAGGCAGGCGAGAUCAAGAAGGAAGAACUGGCGGCUCUCAAGAGAAGAGAGGAGAACGUUCGCAGACAUAGCAAACCCGGUAGCAUGCCACGUCGCAGCGAGCGUGAGAAGAUGAUUCUCACGACGGAACAGUAA